CUGGAGGAGGAAUGAAGUUGUGUGCACCGGGGACUCAGUUUGAAUAGUUUUAAACUGAAGAUACAGGAUCAAUAUGAACAUGGAAAACAAAGUAUUAUAUUAGCAGAGCAGCUUCGGUUAUAUUAGCAGUAGUCUUCGGUCUUUUUCGGACUUUUUCGGUCUUUUUCGGUUACGGUUCGUGUUGAGCGAUGCAGCGCGUGUUUUCGGUGGAGAGGAGCCGCUAUAAGGAGAGACUGGAGGCGAGUUUAGCGGCUCUCUGUGAGCUCGACCUGCUGAAACAGAGGCAGGAAAGUCAGGUACUGAACGCACUCAGACUGGUGGACUGUAGUUCGGGUUGUGAACGGUCUGCUUGGCCUUUUAUCCGGCACUGUUUCCCUAAUAAUGAUAACCUGGAACAAGAACAGUCCGGAGCAGCUGACCAACAGGAUUUAAUCGCUGUACUGCAGCAGCAGCUGGGAGAUCUAAGUGUGGAUGCAGAGACAAGCUUGACUGAACAUCCCACUGACACUGCUGGAAAUGGAUCAGGUCCAGGUUUCUGUGAGCAGAAUGAGAGUCUGGUUCCUCUGGACGCUAAUGAGUCUAGGACCACUUUUCCACUACAGUCACCCUGUGCCAAUGAAAGGUCCAAAUCCAGUGGAGAUGGACUGCAGGACACUGCAGGCUCUGCAGGACGCUCCUUGGUUCCUCACUUGGUGUCAUCACCCCAGCCACUUCUAAUGGGCAUUGCAAGGAGAGGAGGAGAUGCAGAGUCUUGGCUCUGGCAAGAGAGCACCGGAGCAAUAGAGGAAGGAGAGCCCAUCAACGAGGACUACCAUCAGACCCAGCACGUGGAGACUUACAUCACGGGCUUGAUCCAGAGGCGCCUUCAAACUUCAAGGCAGUGCAAACCCCGUACCAACUUGAGCCCUGAGGGCAGAGGGGUGAUACGGCAAAGCAGCCUUUGUCGCAAGGAGCCCGUCUACACCUCUGAGCACUGCAAGGCCUCUCCAAGCCCUGAUAAGCCAAUAUGGGUCUCAUGCCGCCUAGAAGAAGAGCAACAUUCUGGGCAGUAUACAAGACCUGAGGAGCAACAACCUGGUCACUAUACCCGGUCUGAAGAGCAACACCCUGGUCACUAUACCAGGCCUGAAGAGAAACACUCUGGUCACUAUACAAGGCCUGAAGAGCAACAUUCUGGUCACUAUACCAGGCAUGAGGAGCAACACCCCAGUCACUAUAUCAGACCUGAGGGGCAGCACCCUGGUCAGUAUACCAGACCUGAGGGGCAGCACCCUGGUCAUUAUACCAGACCCGAAGGGCAGCACCCUGGUCACUAUACUAGGACUGAGGAGCAGCACCCUGGUCACUAUACCAGGCCUGAGGAGCAGCACCCUGGUCACUAUACCAGACCCGAAGGGCAGCACCCUGGUCACUAUACUAGGCCUGAGGACCAGAUCUCUACUCACUAUUCCAGACACGCAUUGCCUGGAAUUCACUGUGCACCUUUGGAUUUUCCUUCUGGAGAUCUGGACCCUAGCAGCAGUGAGGCAGACUCACCCCACCACUACCAGCUUCAACGAUCUCCAUCCUCAGAUGAACAGCUGGUCAAUGCCCAGUACAUCCCAGCACAGCCAACCCAGUCACCAAUGAGAGCCAAAACAUCUCGUGCACAUGCUGCUCCCAAAGCCAGCCGAAGUGGGGGCAGUUACUCCCCUGAGAGGCCACAGCCCAAGUCGAAGGCCAUGCCCAAGAAGUGUCGCUUUACAGAGGAAAGGACAGCCUCCAAGAAACCUGGACGAAAAGCCUGUCGCUCGCAAUCAGAGAACAGCCUUCUGGGUCAAAAGGGAGUCCCUGAGCGCAAGUACAGCACAGUGGAGAGGGACGCAGGCCGCAACACCCAGUCCAAAUCCCGGCGCCAGCAAGGAAACCUGGGGCAUCGCCGAUGGCGCUCUACACUCGAGCUUAGCCAGGACGAAGCGGAACCCCCACCAGAGCGCGAAGUCAGGCGCUCCCGUAGGUCUCGACCCGCCCCACCUGCCUACGUCUACAACCAGGCUCCCCAGCACCACCAUCACUCACAACACCACUUCCAUCAUUCACACCCCCACUCCGAUUAUCCACUGCAUACCCAAGGGGGCUACAAGCACUCGGUCCCUGUAGACUGGGAGUCCAGUCUGAGCGAGGGGGAAUCCCCUGGAACCAGCACCUUGUCCAGCGACUCUGACGAGAGUGGAGGACUGGUCUGGCCUCAGCAGCUUGCUCCACCCUUGGCGCCACCCUCGCCCCCCACUACGUCUGGCCCGCCAUUACAGUCCAAAGCCUUAGUAAAGAUCAAAGCGUCGCACGCUCUUAAAAAGAAGAUCCUGCGAUUUCGGACUGGAUCCCUUAAAGUCAUGACCACAGUUUGAGACAGCAGGUAAAGCCUCUGAGGAGGUCGGCUGUAUCCUGGGUGCUUUUCGAUAAAGGCAUCUUGGUUAGCUCACUUGAUUGUAGAAGGAUCAGUGAUACAGAACUUAAGAUGAAUCCAAGCCUGACGACACCCUGUACAUAUUUGUGUAUGUAAUGAAUGUGACUAUAUUUAUAAUUGUACAAUGUAAAUAAACAUUUGGGACCCUG